AUGCUGGUGCUGUGCGCGACGUUUUCGAGGCUGCAGUGGCGCUGCACCGCAAGCCACGGCGAGUGGCACGCAGCAUGCGCGGCGCCGCGCUUGGCCCGGACAGCGCCAGAGAGUGCCCUCGAUGGGCCAGCCUGCGCGGCGCGAGCGCCGCACAAGCUGACGCAUCGUCUGCCAUUCGAUUGUCGAUCAAAACCGGCGGGCUUUGUGACGCCGUUUACGCAAUCGUUCGAGGACGACUACUCGCCGCCUGGGUCGUUCGGGGCGCGCGGCUCCGUCGAGGACCGGGCGCGCCCCUUACCCGGCGCGGCGUAG